CUGCAGCGGCCACUCAUGGUCAUGGAUAGGCUCAGGAUCCUCGCUGCUGACGUGGCGCCCCCUCGUUAGAGCACGGAAGCUGCCACGUCGAUCGGAACGGAUAAGAUACUGCUCUCGUCCUCUCACGUUGCUUGCUCCAUCAAUGUGUCGAGCUGAGAGCCUGAGACUGAGAGAGAGCUACAGCUGCUGGUCCCGCGGAGUUGUGUGAACCAAGCUGCUGGUGGGCUACCGCCGCCGCCGCCGCCCUCCUACGCCACCUUCGCCGGCGAAGAGCGCCCGCCAGCAAUGGCAGCAAAGUGUGCUCUUUCCGCACCAUGCUUAUCGGCUCACCGACCCCUCUGCCGCAACAGGCUUGCUCCAUGCCUGCCAUCGCCAAGACCAGCAAGAGCCGUUGCUCUGAGAGUGAGUGCUGCAAAGCUUCCUCCAGGGGUUGAAGUGCCCAGGGUGCAGCCAAAGCUGAGCGAGCCCUUCUUGGGGUUCACCCAGACUGCUGAGAUCUGGAACUCCAGGGCCUGCAUGAUUGGCCUCAUCGGCACCUUCAUUGUGGAGCUGGUGCUAAACAAGGGGAUUCUUCAGAUGAUUGGGGUGGAGGUGGGCAAGGGUCUGGACCUUCCUCUUUAAUUAAUAGCCAUGGUAUUUUCAUGUGCUGGUACGGUGGUGUAUUGUUGGCCAAAGAUGAGGAUUUCACUUGCUGUCAACUACUUCCGCAAAGAUAUUUGGGAGAGUUUCAGCAGCUAUAUAUGCUUGUUAAUAACCAUUUUCAUAUGGAUAUCCGGAUGUACGUUACAAGAUCAGUAUAUUAAUGAGCUGCUUUUUUUAUACUCUGAGAAAUUAAAGCAAAGAUCAGAUA